ACACUCCAAGCUCAUGUUGGUGCUGAAAAUUUUCCCAUCGCUUCUAUUUCGUCAUAAAAACAGUUUUCCUGGAAAAUAAGAAGCGGUAAUCGCUUCCAAUAAGUUGUAUUGGCUGUUGGGCAAGAAAACUUUGCAAGAUGGGCCGCCGUUGCUGCGUGGCCAACUGUCCCUCGACGUCGCGUCUUCUGGAGCACCACGGCGUCACUUACCACUCGUUUCCCCUCGACCCCGUCAUCCGUGCCAUUUGGAUCAAGAACUCCCGCAUCAGCCUCGACCGCCAGAUCACGAAAAGCGUGCUUGUCUGUUCACGGCACUUUCGUCGCCUCGACUUCAACACCAUCCGUAAUGGCAAGUACCUGCUGAAACCGCGUGUCUUUCCCACUGUGUUUCCCUGGGGCAAAAUGGAGGCCAGUGAGAUCGAGGCCGACCACCGGGCGCUUCAGCAGGCCAACGUAGAGGGAGCCGUUAAUCAGGGCGCAGCCCACACCUCCGCCAACGAGGAAGUCAUCAAAGCCUCUGUAGACCAGAUCGUGUCCCAGAUUUUGGCAGAAUCAGCAGAGCGCAGUGCCUCGGAAGCUUCUAAAAAGGACAAAGAAAAGGAAGCCCCGGCUCAGACCUCAGCACCCGUCCCCAGCAACAAUCCCAAACCGCCAUCAGUCGAAGAGUCGGCUGCCCCGGCUGCUCCACCUGCCCCUGCCAGCAGUGCACCGGCUUUGCCCAGCACUGGAGGCUCCAGCUCGAAUUCACCUCUUCCACCUUCGCCAAUCAAGUAUAGCAAUCCCACAAACCUAACGAUCGGAGCUCGUUUGGAGGCUCUCAACGCGGAAGGUAACUGGAUGCCGGCCAGAAUCGUGGAGGUUAAUGAAACAGAACAGACACUGCUAGUUCGCUUCGAGCGCAACCACAAGCAAAAGCCCUCUCCAUCAUCGAUCGGUGGUUCUCAGGAGUGGAUGGCCAUCAAGUCGGAAAAACUUAGACAACGGCUCAGCAAUCGGGUACUGCCCGUUUUUGCUCUGGAAGAGAAGUGCAUGGCCCGCUGGUCGGGGCCGCGCAAGUUCCCCGGCACCGUGCGCAAGCUUCUUGGCAACGAUACCUACGAGGUGCUCUUCGACGACGGUUAUAUUAAGAACGUUCGAGCGGUUCAUAUGAACAAGUUGCCCAGACAGCAGUUGCCACCUGAUGUGGCAGCCGAAAGUGCAGCCUCCAAAGCAGAAGUGGCUGCUACUGCUGGAGUUGCACCUGUACCUGCUCCUGCUGGAGUUGCACCUGUACCUGCUCCUGCAACAUCAACAGCGGUCCUGACUCAGCCUACGAAGAGGCCAAGUACUGGCAGCAUUCCCAGCGGCGCCUCUACCAGCAAGAAGAGCAAGGCCACACCCCAGCGCAAGGACUGGCCUCUCUUGGACAUGUCUACUCUGGAUUUAGCUGCUUUGGGCCUUCCUGAGAUCCCACACGACGGCGAGUGGACGUGUCACUGGGUAAAUGACCAACCCAUAGGCACCGAAGGUUUUCUAAUCGUAGGCGAGCACCAAAAGCCAACGGUUAUUGUGGAGGACUGGCGACUGCCGCCUGGCUGGAUCAAGCACAUGUACCAACGCUCCAAUGUGCUCGGAAAGUGGGACGUUAUUCUGGUUUCACCUAGCGGUAAACGGUUUCGCUCCAAGUCGGACCUCAAGGUGUUCCUCGAGUCACAGGGUCAGAUCUACAACCCAGACGUCUACGACUUCAGCAUUCACCGUAGAAGAGCGAAGGACAUAAACGCCUAUGUCUACACCCAUGAUUACAAUCCACAGCCGCCGCCAAAACCAAAGUCGAUGGAUGUUUCCCUUGACUCGACCCUGGAUCGAAGCAACACCUCAUUAUCCUCCCUUCCCUCGACCCCAUUACCCGUGAAGGACAGUCAGUACAUGGAGGCACCGGUGGCUUCGCUAGUGCCGCCAGCAGAGCUUAUGUCCCCACAGGCUCAGAUUGGAGAAGAGACCAAAACUAAAACGACUCCAGAACUGCUGGAGGCGGUUGAGGGCAGUGCCGGUCUAGGCUUGGAAGGAGAUCCAGCAUUGGUCGAAAAUGGAUUUGCAUUUAUUGGUGGGCUGAAGGUUCAAUUACAGGAGAAUCUGUAUGUAUGUCCCCGCGAGGGCUGUGGAAAGACCUACCGCAAGGAGGAUUUCCUGCUGAUUCAUAUUCGCCACUACCACAAGGAGUUUGCUGAGUAUGUUAGUCACUGUCCAAAGAUGCAGGAGUUGGCAGUAAAACGCACCCACGCCUCUUCAAUUGAGCAGGGGGAAGCGACGCCCAAAAACCAAAUACCCAAUCAGCAGUUCUUCGCCAAGUUGCACCAACAGGACGUACAGCAGUCGCGCUCUUUGAAACGCCAAUCUCUUCCAGUUACAGUCACGCCACCCAGACCAUCUGGUACUCCGCCUGUACUGUCGCCUGCCAAGGCAGUAGUUUCGCCCAAGCAAGACGCCUUGAGUUCCGUAAACCCCGCGACGGAGAGCACCAAUGUUACAGAAAAUGUGCGCCUCGAGACUGCACCUAGUGUGCCGCUGAGCUCUGCCUCUAGGUCCAGCAAACGAUCUCGACAUUCACCCACUAAGCGGCCAUCAGGAUCGCGGAAAAGUAACCGACAGCGCUCCCAGCGUCGCAGCAAUGUGACAGAUAGUCUCGGCCAGAAUCCAAGCGAACAUGACACCGAAGAUACUAGGCUCUCCUUCAACACGUCCGCUUCAGAUGCUCGCACGGACUCGAAAAAGAGACGAAUUGGUCCUGCUGGCACUCCAAUUAGCUCCAUUGACUCCCCCGCUACAGCGGACUCUGGAUCGAUCCCUUCAUCCAAUGACCAGGUGGAUAUCAAUGCCGCUUUGGCUCCACCGCCAGCAGAUACGGUUGGAAAAACGCCUCAAUACAUCAAGGAGAAUGGAGAACUCAUACGAAUAGUCCGUAUGCGACAGGAGGAGAUCAUCAACUGCAUCUGCGAAUACGGCGAGGAGGAUGGGCUGAUGAUUCAGUGCGAGCUGUGUCUCUGCUGGCAGCACGGCGCCUGCAACGGAAUAGUCAAGGAGUCCGACGUUCCAGACAAGUACGUCUGCUAUAUUUGCCGCAAUCCGCAGCGCGGACGCGACUCCAUGCGGUUUAAGCACGACCAGGACUGGCUCUUCGAGGGCAAGCUGCCUGCGGCUGCGUACCAUACUUCGAAUCCGCAGGCCUUGAAACAGGCUGACAUGCUGAAGCGCUCACACACACUUACCGGCAACCUACUGGAAGCCAAACGCUCUGUGCACUCGCUGCAGGUCAAGAUCAAUAUCGCUCGCAACCGAUGCCAUCCGAAACUUUAUUUGUGGGCCAAGAAGUGGGACGAGGACCAUGUGGAUGGCACUGCCGUGACACCAGUUAAGAGGCCAAAGUCUGACAAUACACUAGACUUUCCGCAUAUUCCCCAACCUGAGGCGGCCAUCGAUCCAGAGGAGUGUCAGUACCGUCUGAUAGAGCACGUGAAAGUCCAACAGGCUUUGAUUUUGAACCGACUUAAUGACAUCGAGUCGGAAAUGGAUGAGCUUGAAAAGGAAGACAACCUUGAUGAUCUGAAAGACGGCGACGACGUCUCAACGACCAAGGAAGCUAUGGCUACGUUCAUCAAAGAUCUGGAAACUUUAAAACGUCUAGCGCGCCUUAACCAAGUGGCCCAUUUGAAGCAGAGCCUCAAGGAACCCGUAACCAAUCCUCCAGCCUGAAGCCAAUUACUACUUGAUCCAGCAGAUCCGUUGCAAGUCUCAAGAUGAAGACAAUGAAUGUCAUCCACUCGUUUUAUAAAAACUUCAAUGAAGAUUUCUAAUUCCCGGUUAUAUUUUUUAAACU